UUAGGAGGUGGUUUGCUGCGCGCUUGUUUUCUCAAGAUGGCUGCCGGUAAGGACGGUAGUGGUAUAGAAGCGGCUGCUGAGAACGGGCGGCGUCUUCACCUGGGGAUUCCUGAAGCUGUGUUUGUGGAAGAUGUGGAUUCCUUUAUGAAACAGCCUGGGAAUGAGACUGCAGAUACAGUAUUAAAGAAGCUGGAUGAACAGUAUCAGAAGUAUAAGUUUAUGGAACUCAACCUUGCUCAAAAGAAAAGGAGGCUAAAAGGUCAAAUUCCUGAAAUUAAGCAGACGUUGGAAAUCCUAAAAUACAUGCAGAAGAAAAAGGAGUCCACCAAUUCAAUGGAGACCAGAUUCUUACUGGCAGAUAACCUGUACUGCAAAGCUUCAGUUCCUCCUACUGAUAAAGUGUGCCUGUGGUUGGGGGCUAAUGUAAUGCUUGAAUAUGAUAUUGAUGAAGCUCAGGCAUUAUUGGAAAAGAAUUUAUCGACUGCUACAAAGAAUCUUGAUUCUCUUGAGGAAGACCUUGACUUUCUUCGAGAUCAAUUUACUACUACAGAAGUCAAUAUGGCCAGAGUUUAUAAUUGGGAUGUAAAAAGAAGAAACAAAGAUGAUUCUACCAAGAGCAAAGCAUAAUGCUGGCAAUUGAAAAUGUGGUUCAAGUUUUCAAACAUGUUAUUUUAAAUGACCCAGUGUUUAUCCUUAAAGAUUGACAAAACUUUGAGCAAUUUUUUUUCCUAGCAAGAAUAAUUAAAACUUUAAAAUCCAUUCUAUUUAUUUAUAAAAGCAAAGUUAAUUUCAAAUAUUUUAUGAAAUUAACUGUAUUUUUUUCAUAUUUCCCAGCAAAAUUAAUGCUGCUUUCAUCAUUUUAUUUUGUCUGUCAUAAGACAACUCUUAACUGAAAUGGCCGAAAACUGUGAGGAUUGCUAUGGAGGCUGAAUGCUGGGCACCAGCACAGUUUACUUUUUCUUUAUUGGUUGAUGGAUGUUAUUCUCACUUGAUGUAGUAAAUCUUUUAGAGGUAGGAAAGACAGACAGCUCUACUAUUUGUAAACUUUUUUUUUUUUUUUUUUUAGUACCUGUAGGACAUUAUAGUCCUUUGUUGCUGUUGUCUUCUGUCAAUGGAGUUUCAUGCAUUAUUGCUCAACCAAUAACAAUUAUUAUAUUCUGGACCUACCAAAAAUAGUAAAUUUGCCUUUCUACACAGUGUGAGGGCUAUUGAGAUAACACUUUUAACCUCUAAGAUAAGUGCAUAGUGUCUUUGUAAUUAAUGCCAGUAUAGGGGGGAUCUUGGUAAAUGUGAGAUAGCACUACCCAUUCAAAACUCUUAGCUAAGGCAAUUUUGUAUUAUGUAACAGUUCUCCAAAGCAUCUUGAACAGGAAAUUAAGAUAAAUGUAAAUCUGCGGUGGUUGGAAAGAGUUGCAAGCUUUUUUAAUUCAUGUUAAAACUGCAUAGGAAUAGUAAUGUGUCUGUGGAAAGCCAUUGAUACUAUGGCAAAAGUAUUUGGCAACAUAGAUUCUGAUAAAAACCCAUGUAUUAUUCCAUCACCAUGUAGUAAAAAGUAUACUUGUACGAUGUUUUGUACUUGUAUUUCAUGUUAUUAUUAAAACAGUGAUGUUGAAAUUA